CACUUUGGUGUUCACCCAACACACCUCCUUCAAUUUCACUCAGCCCAAACACAUUUACUAUUUUAUUAUAUUUAUUUUUAAUUUUAAUAAAAGAAAUCAGCUCCGAUUCCAAAUCAAAAUAGAACUGUUUCCGUUGGGUGGGGGCCAUCUUCCAUAGCAUUAUCUUGCAAUUGAGAAUGACCAAAAUGGCGUCGUAUGAGGAACAACAUGAGAUGGAUCAUCAAGACGACGACGGAGUAACAACGGAUCUCAGCACCAGCGACGCAGACCCUUCCGAUACCAACAACAACAUCAAUGGAGUUCAACUCUUCCCACUGAAGGAGGAACCAACCGAUUCAGACCCAAUGGGGAUCGUUCCCGCGCCCAUGCAGCUUCCAGUUACCGUGCCGGGCAAACCCCCCAGGCGUUCCUCCACCAAGGACCGCCACACAAAAGUUGAAGGCCGUGGCCGCAGGAUCCGAAUACCCGCCACAUGCGCUGCUCGGAUCUUUCAGCUGACUCGAGAGUUAGGCCACAAAUCCGACGGUGAAACCGUCCGGUGGCUUCUCGAACACUCCGAACAGGCAAUCAUCGAGGCCACCGGAACCGGCACAGUUCCGGCGAUCGCGGUCUCAGUCGGAGGCGCUCUGAAAAUCCCAACGACCUCGUCUACCGCGAACCAGAACCAAACCGAGGAAGCGUCGAACAAGAAGCGGAAACGGCCUUCCAGCAGCGAGUUCGUGGAUGUAAGCGACGCCGUUUCGCAGUCGUCGGGUCUGGCCCCGGUUCAAGUUCCGCAAGGUCUGGUGCCAGUUUGGGCGGUGGGUAACCCGAGUAUGGUGGUCCCCGCUAAUAGUCUGUGGAUGAUCCCACAGGGCGGUGUUACGGGCCCGUCGAACCAGCAACCUCAGAUAUGGGCCUUGUCUCCGUCGGUAUUGAACGUGGCGGGGCGGCCCAUAUUACCUCUGGUGGGAACGAGGAAUGUUGGAGAAACUUGGGCGAGUUGCAGUGGCACGUCGAGCAGCGUGGGGGCUAAGGUGGGAACUGAGUGUAGCAAUAGCAUGGCACCGAGUGUUAAGAGUGGGGAUUGUGGCGUUCCUAACGAUGGUAGUAAGGUUAAAAUGUUGAGGGAUUUUUCUUUGCAAAUUUACGAUAAGCAAGAGUUGCAGUUGAUGGGUCGCUCCGGGACUGGGACUUAAUAGUCAACAUGCUCAAACUUCCAAUCGAUGAGAAAGAUGACAAUCCACGACUUGGAGUUGUUUUUUUCAUUUGUCUUGAAUUGAAUAAAUGUAAAGAUGUGCAAAUAAUCACAAUCCAUGUUUGUUUGCGUUGUAAUUUAAAUUACAUUGAGCUCCUCUCUGAUUGUUAAUGGAAAGUUUAGGAAUGAGUUAAGUGUUUGGAUUUA